UUUUACUCGUCAUCGGUGCUUGUAAAUCCGGUAGCAAUAUUGGCUGGCUAUUUUGACGAAGAAAAAUGGCUGGAACAGCUUUGAAAAGACUAAUGGCCGAAUACAAACAGCUAACCCUUAAUCCUCCUGAAGGCAUUGUGGCAGGUCCUGUAAAUGAAGAGAAUUUCUUUGAAUGGGAAGCACUGAUUAUGGGUCCUGAGGACACAUGCUUUGAAGGGGGGGUGUUUCCUGCCAUCCUCAGUUUCCCCUCUGACUACCCACUCAGCCCCCCCAAGAUGAAGUUUACCUGUGACAUGUUUCACCCCAACAUCUAUCCCGACGGACGAGUGUGUAUCUCUAUCCUCCACGCCCCCGGUGAUGACCCCAUGGGCUAUGAAAGCAGCGCUGAAAGAUGGAGCCCAGUCCAGAGUGUGGAGAAGAUCCUCUUGUCUGUGGUCAGCAUGCUCGCAGAGCCUAAUGAUGAGAGUGGAGCGAACGUGGAUGCGUCUAAGAUGUGGCGUGAAGACAGAGAGCAGUUUUACAGGCUUGCUAAGCAGAUUGUACGCAAAUCCCUGGGUCUUUAACCUUCACCUUCACCAACCGCUGCCUGCACGGAACCCCCUGCUCCCCACUCUCUCUCUCUCUCUCUCUUUCGCCGUCACAGUGGGAUAUUGCGGAGAUUUCCGGCAGCCUAAGAGAACAGACUUCCUUUGGUUAGAAGAACCGGAUCCACAAAAUAGCUGCCAAGGUGUACCACCUCAUCUCAUCUCAUCCCAUCCCAUCCCACCCCACUCCUGCUUCCACAGAACUGAGCACUUUAUCUGGGAGCUACAUCUGUCUUUCCCACUCCUCUAGGACUGGACACAAAAUGACUGGUUUUGGUGGACCAGAGUGUGAUGUGUGAGCUGUUCUCUCAAACAAAGCCUCUUUAGAUGGAAUUCCACUUUCCAUAGGAAAAAGCUGAAUGCAAGUCAGAUGAUGCAUGCUGUAUUGCUUCAUAUUUAAAGGCUGCAUUCUGUCACACAAUGAAUGGGCUAUUUCUGUACUGCUGAAUGAGCAUGUUUAAGUCACAUCUCUGAGACUGCUCAAGAACUGCCAGUAAUGUUUGCUGUUAUGCCGGCUUUCUCUUAUGUCUUAGUUAAGACAACUGACUCUACUAUAGAGGAUGCAAAUUCUAUAAAGAUCUACGGUUUUUAA